GUACACGAGCUCUGUGACAACUUCUGCUCCCGGUACAUUACAUGUCUGCGCGGAAAGAUGCCAAUCGACCUGGUGAUCGAGGAUCGUGAUUCUGCCGGCUCAACCGGCUCCGCAACGAGUCCCCAACCCGCCAAUGGGUCUGCAGUCACGAGCGACUCCAGCUGUGGCAACACGAGCUCUUUCCGCGGCGGUCUCGCCGGCUCCAUGACGACGCAUGGCGCCGGCGGCGGGGCCACUGCCCGAGACGACUCGCCCGGCGGCAUCUGCCCAAUGGGCUACUCGCACCCGCCGCAACAGCAACACCCGCACCAUCACCAACACCAACAUCAGCAUCAGCAUCAACAUCAACAGCCUCAUCAUUCGAUGCAUGCGAGUGGCCAGGGCCUGGGCCAUCUACAGACGACACCCCCCUCAGCUGGCCAUCAUCACCAGCACCAGCAACAGCAUCAACAUCAACAUCAGCACCAACAGUCACACCAUCCCGGGCACGUUUCAGACGGCCCCGCUACGGGCAGCCUCAGUCCCGUCCUCUCGGGCGUCACGCCGCUUCAUGGCCAACCGGCCAGUCUGACUCCAUCACCAUCGCCGUUGCCGCCACAUCUCACUCCCUCCAACGGCACCGACUACUCCGCAGCAACCUGUACUGCGUCGAGCACAGCAACAGCCGCGGCCGCCGCGGCCGCCGCUGCCGCUGCCAGCCUCUACGGCGGUCUCUACGCCUCGUCGGACUCCACGAAUGGCAUGAGCGCUGGCGCCUCCGGCCCCGACGGUAGCCCAUCCGGCUACGAGCAUGCGUCACAUGUCGCCUACCCGACGCCCGGCUACUCUGCCCACAUGACUCACCCUUCGCCGCCGGGCCCAGCCUCAGCUGCGGGUCGGCAGAGCCUCGAGGCGGCCUACUACGCGUCGGGCGGACCGGCCACCUCGACCGGCUAUUCGGCAUUCAUGGCGCCCGGGCUCGAAUCCCAACCGCAGCACCACUCGGGCCACCACCUCGCCCAGCCGAACGGCUACUAUCCGACGCCCGGUCCGGAGGCCGGCCAACCGGACGCCCAGUUCGCCGGACUCGACGUGCCUGGCUACCCGAGCCCCGGUUACCCGGUCGGUCUGCUCUCGCACUCGCACUCGCACUCGCAUCAUCCUUCUGUACCGAACACACACCAUGCGCAACAGGCAGGCCAACACCAUUCGCAUCAUUCGCACCAGAGUCAGCACAACCAACAUCACCACCUCACGUCGGGGCACCAGCAACAGGUGUCUGGCUAUUCGGGCCAAGUUGGCGUCGAAUCGCCGGCCGCCAGCUCGUACCACUCCGCCAUGGCGGGUGGACUGCCGUUGGCGUUGCACAACUCGUUGGCCGCCACGGCUGCUCUCCUCUCCGGCCAGACCGCCGGAGGGCCCGGACACUCAGAAGCGCCCCUCUCCGUCAACACCAGCACCUCUUCUUCCUCGUCCACCACCGGCCUCCUGGCCAGAUCCAAGGUGAGCCAUGCAACCAACACAACGACAUGUAUCCCUUGGGAAAGGACAGUUCAGCCGGGCAUUUGA